UUUCCCAAACUAAGCUGUUUAAAUUGUCAACAUACUUGAGUCCUCUACAUGGUCAGGAUGAGUGAAAAGCGCUCCCUGGAGGGCCAGGUGUACUCUGUACCACUUAUCCAGCCAGACGUGAGAAGAGAGGAAGCCAUACUGCAGAUAGCAGAUGCAUUAGUAUACCUGGAGACCAUAUCCACAGACAUUUUUCAAAGAGUGUCUGAAAGUGUAGAGAAGAACAGGCAGCAGCUGCAGAGCGUCACGGACCGCAUCGGACUGGCCCAGGCCCGAGUUGACAAGAUCAAAGGCAGUAAGAAGGCCACCAAGGUGUUCUCCAGUGCCAAAUACCCCGCUCCAGAUCGACUGGCCGAUUACUCCUCCAUCUUCAGUGGAGCGACAGACCCCUCCUCACAGCCUUGCCCACGACACCGGAUACAAUCCAAGAUCAGACCGUUUGAUGAGAAAGCCCUCCAAGAGUAA